UCAUUUUCGUUUCACAGGUGAAAUAACACCUGACUUGGCAUUAUCAUACUGUAUGUUUCGUUUCGUAAUUUAAAAGGCGGAGUAUUUUCGUUGGAUAUUUUUGUCUUAAUUUGUUAUGAAUGCAGAUUAUGGAAACUACAAAAUUAUAAUCCAUUUCGUAAACAAAAAGGUUAGAUAUUGACGCAUUGUUAGUGACUUAUAAUAUUUUGGAUAUUUUCUGUGUUGUGGAAUGAAUGAUAUUUGUAUCCGUAACCGUGAAAUUGAGGUGCUAUAGUUCUAAUAUUUACAUAUAUUCAAUGUAAAGAAAGGAAUAAAGCUGUUUUUCCUGUGGUAUAUAUGGCAGACAGAGGAAGAAUACUGUCAACAUUAUUUAAUUAACUACAUUUAAACAACAACGAUGUAUUUUCUACAUACAGCUGUACUCGUUCUUUUAUUUUGUAAUUUUAGUCAACAAUCUAGCGUAGUUUCAACAAACCAACCAUGUGUUGUAAAGGGACAAUUUACCACUCAUUUGCAAUGGUAUGGUUACUUACUUCAAAAAACUUUACAUAAGGAAGCUAAAAUAGAAUACCAAAUUACGUAUCCCGAACGAGAAUGCUGCGUGAAUAUGAUGAUUUACUAUGACGACCAAAUAAAAGAAUUAAAAGAAACAAUGAAUUGUCAGCAGAGAAAUGCUAUUCUCCCGGAGCAAAACAAUCAGGUUAUAUCAUUAUCAACACAAAAUCAAACUAAAGGAUGUGAAAGAUACCGUCCGUCGGCAUCAGCCGAACCGCUCAUCGUGUGUACUGGAGAGCGCACGCUUCGUUCGAGUGGACCAAGAACAUGGUACAUCGCAAUUAGCCGCUGCAACAGUGAUUCGUCUAAACCAUUAGACAUGAGCUUUUAUUUUAAUGUUUCGAACUAUUUUGGUGUAUGCGAAGUUGACCCAUUGUCAAAUACGUAUAUUCCUGUUCGUGUGGAAUCGGGAACAGAUGUGAAUGUUAUUGUUGCCCUUGGGGUUAUUUGUGGAAUUUCUACUAUAAUUGCCAUCGUGUUUGCAGUUUUGUUCUUUUUUGGUCGUCGCAGAAGAAAAGGUAAAAAGAAGGCGGGUUCCGUAACGUCUAGCCAGGCCACCAUGACGCAGGAUAUAUUUUACGUAAAUCCGUCAUUGUCAGAACGUGACCAGUCCGAUUCACAAUACAGUCAUAGCCAAUCCAGUGGUUCGGAAAAUUAUUAUGAAGUAAUUCCCGACAGAAGAAGCUAUGAAAGCAUUAAUACACAGCUUGCACUGCACGGUCAAAGCUUACGGGGAAUACAUAUUUCGCAUGGUAGGGACAAUAGACCUAAUAUACCACCAUAUAUAUUGGAGGAUUACCCACCUCCACCAUACCAACCACAACCCCUUCAAAAUGGAAUUCACCAUCGUCAGUCUAGUGCGGGUGCUGUGUUACAGCCAGGACAAAAUCCCGCUAACGCAGGCGCAGGGAGUACUCCACUUUUAAACGGUCACAUGAUUGCAAAUGGACGUCCUGUACAUAUGAGUCCAGGAUUGCACUACAAUAGUUCAAAUAUAGUGGGACAUAAUAGAUCUGAACAAACGCUUCAAAAGCAAAUUCCUAUCGGAAACCAGUCACUGCGUCUUUAUUCUCAACAAAGAGUUGAACAAAAUCAGGGACAAAUUAGACCGCAGUCAAGUCAGGGUAAUCAGACACUUCCUGCCGGAAAUGUUAAUCAAAAUGUGCGCGCUCAGCAUCAAAUGAGUGACAAUAGUCAGCAGACUAAUCCGUCAUUUAGUCAAGCUAAUGGUAGUGUAAGCAAUCCAAACUUUGUUCGUCAACAAAUUCCAAAUGGCGGACCGAAAAUCUCAAAUGGGGUUCCGAAUGGACAAAAUAUUCAACUCCAAACAUACAGUCAAAAUCAAAACCAACAGACUCAGUCUAUUCCUACGUCGAAUGGUCGACAAAACAUUCCAAAUGGAAAUGUCGCUAAGUUACUUCAUGAUGCUUAUCGAAUUCAGCAGUUUGAAACAACAGCUUGAUUUUUAUAAAACCAAUGCAUCUAGUGCUAACAGCAGUAUUUAUAAUCGAAAUUGUUAACUAUAAUAUAUGUUAAAUUUAGAUAAGUUUUGUGUUCGUGUAAUUUUAAAGAUUAGGAAAAUUUAUUUCUACCCUCGCAUUUCAAAAUAAAUUUUAAGAAAGUACAAUUAUAUUAUAACUUGUCAACUUACAUAGAAUUUAUGUCAUAUAUGAGCAUGGAUGCGAGAUGAGAUUUUAAGUUAAAAUAUCAGGAGUUGUAAAACAAUUGUUUGAGAACUAAUACGUAUACAUGUAUGGAUUCAGAAUUAAGGUUCUUGAGAGCAAAAAGAAAGAAGAUACAUAAAAAUGGCCAGUCUUUUGACCUACUUUCAAAGAAGUAUUUCCUUAUUUUACUAGUAUAUAGAAUAUAUCUAUAUGAAGGCUACCUAAAACUUUAAAGGGAUGCAAUCUAUUUGUAUAUUAAUAGAAUGUAAAUGUAGGUCGAAACGUUUUUAAGCAUUACAUGAAUUAUUAGUCAAUUUGAAUAUUUCACAGUUUUACUGUGUUCGUCAUUAUCAAUUGAAAAUAACACAAAUGAUACUAUAUUUCUGUUCAUACCCGUAUGCCUGCCCUCAUUUUAAUUGUGUUUCGUUAGUUGACCACGUGGUGUACAUGGUGUAGUACUUUUUGUGCUCCUGCCCUUUUACUCGCGAGAUAUUCAGUUAUUCGAAUGGUUUGAAUGAGAAUGAUUGUCUUGUGAGAAUGAUAAUUUGUUUUCCUAUUAUGUUAUAUUGAGUAAUGUGAGAAUGACUGUCAGUUUUCAUAUUUUGUUGUGUGAGUAGAAUGAGUAAGACAGUCAGUUUUCGUGUUUUGUUAUAUGAGUAAAAUGAGAAAGACUGUCAGUUUUUCUAUAUUGUUAUAUUGAGUAAAAUGAGAAUGAAUGUCAGUUUUCACAUUUUGUUGUGUGAGUAGAAUGAGUAAGACUGUCAGUUUUCAUAUUUUGUUGUGUCAGUAGAAUAAGCAAGAUAGUCUGUUUUCAUAUUUUGUUAUGUGAGUAUGUUAUACGAUAUUCAUUAAAUUUGUCAUACAUCUGAAA